CAAAAAUGGCCACAAAUAUCGUUUACAAUAUAUAAAAUUCAUAAGUUAAUUUAAAUGAUCUUUUAUUUACAAUUGUUAUUUGAUUUGGCGCAAUGGCCGUGUCUUCUUGGCUUUAUGAAAAAAGGCCUCUUAAAAGAGCCAAGUUGGGACCGCCAGAUGUUUACCCCCAAGAUCCAAAACAAAAAGAGGAUGAGCUUACGGCCAUUAAUGUCAAGCAAGGUUUCAAUAGCUCACCUCAAAUCCCGGAUGAAUAUGGAUCUGCCAGAAAUUCCAAUAUUACUGCAACAAAGUUUGGUUCAUACUUCAGUGCUGUAUUAAGUUUAAAACAAGAACUUAACCGGUUUCAAGAUAGUGGACGAAAAAGACAACAAAUAAAUCCAAAGGAUAAUUUUUGGCUUGCAACAUCCCGAUCCAAAAAUGCUAUUGAAGCGUGGUUUAAAGAUUUGGCAGGAAGUAAAUCCCUUACAAUACUUGCGAAGAAAGUACCUAUAUUCAACAAGAAAGAAGAUAUUUUUAUGACAUUAUAUGAACAUUCUGUUCCAAUGUUGAGAGCUGCUUGGUUUAUUAAAAUGCUAUCUGCUUAUUAUGCUGCUAUAUCCGAAGCUAAAAUAAAAAAGCGCCAGCUGCCUGAUCCUUCCCAAGAAUGGACACAAACCCUGUGCAAAUUUCUGAGAGAACAAUUACAGAAACUUUCAGAACACCACAACAGUUCUUUAACAAAUAGUGGGAGUAACUCGUCUUCUACAACAACUCUUGUUACCAGUACUGUGGGUUCACUCAGUAGUCUUGGGACAGGAAGCAAUCAAAAUUCUACUUCUUCAUUAACAAAUAAUUCUUUAAAUGGUGUUACUGUGGAAGUUGCAUAUAAGCAGUGGCAGUAUUGUACACAAUUAGCCAGACAUUUGUAUGAGGAAGGGCUGUUGGAUAGACAAGAUUUUUUGACAUGGAUUCUGGAUUUGGUUGAAAAGACUAAAGAAAAAGAAGAUCCUUUAAACAAAACUGUUUUAGCAUUAGUAAUGCAAUACAUCGAUGAAUUUAAACAUUCUCAGUUAUUAUCAAGACGGCUGGCACAUCACUGUGCAAAAAGAAUCAAUAUGCUUUUGUGUGAAAAUAUUUCGGAAGUGUCUAGAUGCCAAAGUCCUAUCAUGAAUAAUUCUACAAAUGUAUCUGUACCAUCUUCCCAAUCCAAUUUUAAUCCUAUAAGUGCCAGUGUGAUGGAAUAUUUAAAUUGUUGUCUUCAUAGAAGUACUCUUUUAUUUCUUUCCUCUAUCCUUCAGAUAAUAACCCUUGAAUGCCAAAGUGCUCUUGUCUGGAAUAAUAUAGGUGAAGGAAAGAAUGCUUCUGUUCUUAAUGGAUCUCCCUUGGAUCUUUUGCCUUGUGCACCAUCUAGUCUUCCCAUGCCUCCACGUCCAUUUAAUAGUCAGAUUCGUGCCGAGUUAAGAAUAGCAGAAGAGCAAAUCAGACAAAGAGGUCGAGCUGCUGAAGUUAGAUGGUCUUGUGAUAAAUGGCAGCAGACGGCUUUGGGUGGUUCUACUAUCCAGCAAGUACUGAAUGCCUUGGAUGCUCUUGACCGGCAUAAUUUUGAUCGAGUUGAUAGUAGUAAUAGUUUAGAUACUCUUUAUACAAAAGUUUUUCCAGUCCCUGUAAAUAAAGAAAAAUGUCCUACUUAUAAUAAUAACUGGAGUGAAACGCUCGUUCAAGAUGAAGCAAUUGUCCGUUUACUUUGUGAAUGGUCAGUAACAACAAAGCGAUGUGGUGAACACAGAGCCCUUGUGGUGGCAAAGCUUCUUGAAAAGCGCCAAGCAGACCUGACUGCAGAGAAAUUUGGUGAAACAGAUGCAGUUGAUGAAAAAGAUUCCCAAGAUUCCACUAGUGUUGUACCCCUAUGUCUUCCAGUAUUUCAAAAUCUAUUAGUAAAUUUUCUGGAUACUCAAGCUCCAGUUAUAGAUGACAGACCAUCACCAGAUAGUAAAAUUGCCUUUGCCAAUUUAGUCCUUCUCUUUGCUGAACUCAUUCGCAAUGAUGUUUUUUCCCAUGAUGCGUAUAUGUGCACUUUGAUCUCCAGAGGAAGCUUUGCCAAUGCACCUGGAGCUCAAGUGAGUUCAUCCUCUGCAGCAUGUAUUCCCCAUUCCAACAAAUCCAUGUCUACUCCAGAACCAUCUCUGAUGGGAUUCAUGCCUGACCCAUCUAGAGGAAUGUCCCCUGGACCUGGCAGUGCAGGUUGUAUGGGUAUUGGAGGCAUGUCUGGAUUGGGCAUUCCAUCCAUAGGAGAUGGAAGACAGCCAGAGUCACUUCCUAUGUUUGAACCACCAGAUAAUCGUCCUGGAUCAGUGAAACAUGAGCCAUCUUGGGAUGCUGAAAUGGAUACAGAUGAAGCAAGAAUAGAUGCUGAUUUGGGAAAACUUCUACAGCAUAUUAAAGAAGGGCAGCAAAAUAUGAGUGAUCAGCCUGAUUCUGUUGGAUCAGAUAAAGAUGAGUCUACACCCUUAAAUGCCUCCACACCCUUAGGACAUCCUUCUCUAGUGCCAGUCUGUACACCAGGCACUCCUGGAAAUUCUAGUGCUAAUAGUUCCCCUCCAACUACUUUAAGUAAUACUGCCAGGCAUUUACUAUACACUACUCAUUUUCCUUUACCAUCAGGAGAAGCACCUUUCCAUGAUUGUAACCAGCGACACAUACUUUUGUUUGGAGUUGGGAAAGUACGGGAUGAAGCUAGGCACACCAUCAAGAAAAUGGUAAAAGAGUUAAUGAAACUCUUCAAUAAAAAGAUGUGUAUGGAUAUUGCAGAUGGUGCAAAAGUUAAGAAGAAUGCAAAAGAUGGUUUCAACUUUGAAGCAGCUGUCAGUCGUUUUCAGAAUUUGUCAUAUUUUGAUCAGCAUGUUGUAACUAACACUUGCGCUGCAUCUGUGAUUGAAAUUUUGAGUGCCUUUUCUACUGGGAAUUCGAACUAUCUGCCUUUAGUCGAGUACAUCUCCUAUCUGUUUGAGCUCAUGGAAAUUGCCUUAAAUAUACAUGGCUUGAUUGAAUUUGCUAUACAGUUGCUUAAGGAAUUAGUUGAUGUAGAGAUGCAGUUAGUAGCCAAGUCUUCCUCUUUAGCUGGUACCUAUGCUACUUCUGUGGGAUUAAGUAUAGUUGGAGUAUUGUAUACAUACCACUGUUGUUUAUUAGUUUCUCAAGAACAAACUCUUGCCAUUUUUGAUGGUCUUUCAAGGAUUGUUAAACAUAUAAACACUCCUACAGAUUGUUUCUCUUCAACUGAGAGAUGUAUUCUCUCUUAUUUAUAUGAUAUGAAUACUUGCUGCAGCUAUGUUAAGCCUCGACAUCCAGAGCAAUUUUUAAAUCUUUAUCCUAAAGCAAAAAAUGUUUUGUUGGGCUUAGUUUCUCCUUCAUGGAAUACGAAAGUAAUGAUUGAGUACUUAAGUGAUCCAAGGUUAAAGCCUGAUAAUGCUCUGAUAAAACAACUUAACGAUCAGCAGCAACUACGCUAUAGUUUUGUUUGUAAUGCUAUACAUUGUGUUACAAUUUGUAGAGAUCCAGAUCGAUUAAAUGAAAUAUCAAUAUUUUGUGCAGAAGUAACUGCUAAAUGCUACCAUCUUAGUAAUGAAUGGUUAGGAGUAUUGAAAGCAUUAUGUUGUUCUUCAAGUCAUAGUUGUGGAUUUUUGGAUUUGCUCACUCAAGUUAAUGUUUCUGAUGUUUCUAUUCAUGACAACUUGGCUGUACUUACUUCUCUUCUGGUUGCUCGACGUUGCUUUUUAUUACAAGAUUUUGUGGUAAUGGUUGCAUUACCUUCCAUUAUUGCAGCUUGUCCAACUGGCGGUGGCCAUCCUGAGGCUGGUCCUGGUGCCCGUCUUACAUGUCAUUUACUCCGACGUCUCUUCAAGAAAGCUUAUUCUCCUCCUGGGAUCAUACAUUCCAGCAGUAUAUCUGCAGGUUCUGGUAACCAAAGGAAGCGUAUGUAUCACAUAAAGUAUCCCUGCGACCGCCAUCUACUUUCUGCAACACAUUCUGGAAUGCAGGUUGAAGCCAUUUUAGCAGUUCUCAAGGCGAUUAUGGUCUUAGGUGAUUCAGUUACUGUAGGUGAUGGCAAAUCUAAAGAGAGUCAGAGCAAGAAUGAUUUGAACAUCAAUGAUUUAUUGGCACCUAUGGAGGAUAGUGAAUUUGAUCUGGCACUUCCUCCUGCAUUAGGACGGCCUCAAAAUCAAGGAGCUGGAAAUUCUGGAGGGAACUCUACUUGUCCAGAGGUCCCUGGUCUAAAUGAGUUUGCAAAAUAUGUCUUAAAACAGAUUCGUUGUCAGGAUUGGAUUCAUGAAAGGUGUUUAAGAUAUCCAGAAGUGCUGUGUUCAGAAGAAGUGAUUUUGGAUUCAAUGUUAACUCAUCAACAGUCCCAGCAAUUAUUGAGAAUGAUUUGCCGCCCACAUGAAACUGAUAUUCCACCAAAUAUUUUUGAUCCAGCUGAUCAGAAAGCUCUAAUAACAAGCAUAUUAACGAAUUUGGAUUUAUGGACACUCAGGGUUUCUUGGUUAGAAUUACAGUUUAUGUACAAACAGUGUGAAGCUCAAAAUCCACCUCAAACCAGUACUUGGCUGGAUAGUGUAGCUAAAGCCACCAUUGAUGUUUUCCAGAUGAUGAGUGAGGAAAAUCAGGUCCCUAUUAAAGGAGAAGCACUAAAAAAUUGUUCACCUUCAAAAUUUGAAAUUGACAAACCAAGUCGUGUAUGGUUGGUAGCUCCCCUUAUUGGAAAACUCCCUGCAGCUGUGCAGGGUAAAAUGCUAAGAGCUGCUGGGCAAGUCCUUGAAAGCGGAUCAUGGUCAUCUACAUCUGGAUCUUCAUCCUCUUCUUCCUCGAAAAACAAAGAAAAGGAUAAACAAGCUCAAAAGAACUCAUCGCUGCUGAGUCAUCAACCGUUUCUGUCGCUGGUGUUGAUGUGUUUGAAAGGUCAAGAUGAACAGAGAGAAGGCCUUUUGAAUUCAUUGCACACACAACUGUCUCAGAGCAUAUAUAUUGCCAAAGAUGAUAGACAUGGACUGGAAGAAAUCAAAGCUAAACAAGCAAUGCAAGAAGCUCUGCAGCUCCGUUUAAGUUUAGUAGGAGGCAUGUUUGAUAUGAUUCAACGAAGUACGAAUUUUACUAUUGAUUGGGCUGUCCUUCUUGUGCAACUUAUUAGUUAUGGAGUGGUUGAUCCUCAAACUAAUUUUGAAUUGUUUACAACUGUACUUGAUAUGCUGGCCACUCUAAUCCACACUACACAGAUAUCUGAUACUUCAAGUAGUGAUAAAGGAGAAGAGAAUAAGAAACAAUAUCUUAAUUUAGUAAAGAAAUUAAAGAAAGAAGUACCAGAUAAAAAUACUAAAGCUCUUAAGAUGGUUAAACAACUGCUGCCUUUGACCAAACAACAGUGUGAAGUCAUAACAUGUGAAGCUAUGGGAAGCUUGAUAGAUACAAAAGGAAACAAGAUUGCAGGAUUUGAUUCCAUUGAUAAAAAACAAGGUUUGCAAGUUUCUCAAAAACAAAAAGUAAGUCCCUGGGAUUUGCUAGAAGGCCAUAAAAAUCCAGCACCUCUCUCCUGGUCUUGGUUUUGGGCUGUAAGGAUGGAAAGGAAACCUCUUCGCCAUGAAGAGACUCAAAGACUCUUAUUAUGGCAUACACAUUCUUUGAAGAAACCUAGUAGUUAUUAUUUAGAACCCCCACCUUUACCUGCUGAAGAGUUAGAGCCACCUCCUGAGAAACAGCCUCAAAUAUUAAUUGAAGACAUUAAGAGAGGAAGAGAAACGCCAUUUGAGCAAUCUCCUAGGGGCAAUGCUAAAAAACCCAAACAACAACAACGCCGUCGUAGAGCUGCUAAAAUGGUAAAUGGUCAGGUAGAAAAAGAGUUUGCAAAAGGGAAGAAAAGAGAGCAAGCACAUGGUAUACGUCCUGGAAUGGGCUUUCCUGAUCAAAUGAUGUAUCAGCAAGGUCCUCCACAACCUUGGUAUGGACAACAGCCGCCCAUGCAACAACCUCCUUACUAUUCUCCACAGCAACCACUGCCACCUGCAGGUGGUCCGAGAUUCGAAAGACCGCUUUCCCAGUCCAAGCAAGCCUUGAGCUCUAUGCUUCGAGCCCGACACCCAUCUACCCAGUUUCUCCCAGGUCCUGGUGGAAGUGGACAACACCCUGCAGGUGGUGUUGCCCCAAGUGGAGGACCUGGUGGGAACAUGCCUGGCAGCAUGGGUGGGAGUCACAUGGGCGGACCUGGAGCACCCAUGCCUGGACAUCCUGUCAAUCAUCCUGGAGGGAACCCAUCUGCAGGAAUUAACUUUGAAAUGAUGCAAAAGCGCCAGAUGAUGAUGCGUCAACAACAACAGCAGCUUCGCCCUCAAGGCAUGCCAAGUGGACCUGGUGGGCCUAUGUAUCCGCAUAGCAUGCAGGGUACCAAUGCAUCAACUGCGCCAUUGCAUCAUUUACCACCUCAAGGUAUGAAUCAAAGCUAUGGCAGCUAUAGCGGCUCUAAUAUGCAACCCAAUGCUGGAAUGAUGGAGUCCAGAAAUUCCUCAAUGUUACCAACUAGUUUUAAUCAAUCUUACGGUAGCUCACAAUCAGGUCCUGGAAUGAUGGGACCAAAUACUAUACGAAAUCAACAAGGACAGUAUAUGCCACAAUCCAACAGGCCUCAAUAUGGCAUGGGAGCUCCUAAUGUCACUGUGAAUCAAAUGGGUGGAGGCUCGCAUUUACCUGUCUCUGGUUCUCAAAUGGUGCAAAAUACUGCCAGUAGUUACGGUGGCCAGUCAAAUCCUCAGUCCAUGUCUACCAUGCCCGGUGGACCACCUAAUCAAAUGCAUAUGCAGCAGUUGUGCCAUCAACAGCAAUUGAUGGCCAUGCAAAAACAACAGCAGCAGCAGCAGCAACAACAGCAGCAUCAACAGCAGCAGCAGCAACAUCAACAACAGCAGCAGCAAACUCAACAACAGCAGCAGCAAACUGCUGCUUUGGUUGCACACUUAAGGCAUAUGAGUUCCAAUAAUCAGGGUCCUCCACAUCCACAGCAACAGCAUCAUGCUUAUCAUCCUCAAGGACCAUACUGAACAGUAAAAAAUGUUUGAAGGUUUGAAAUAAUUACGAAUUCAAUUCUGUUUACUGGCGGAUGGUGUGAAUGAAGAUUAUUAUAUACUCAUAUUGAAAAAUAUAUAUAUCAGUGAGAUUUGACUAUUUCUUUAAGACUGCCAUGAAAAUAUUGCAAUUUUUCUUCAUCCCUAUUCAUUGUAAGGGGGAUAAAUAAAAUAAAA